GUGGGAGGUAGUGCCCCAUCAGUAUUGGGGGGAGGUGCCCCUUCAUUUAUGUGGCAGGAAUGGUGCCCCAUCAUUGGUAUCAGUGGCAGGAAUAAUGCCCCAUCAUUGGUGUCAGUGGGAGGAAUGGUUGUCCCAUCAUUGGUGUCAGUGAGGGGUGGAAAGUGCCCCAUCAUCAUUGUCAGUGGGGGGGUGGAAUAGUGCCCCAUCGUUGGUGUCAGUGGGGGGGGGGGAAUAGUGCCCCAUCGUUGGUGUCAGUGGGGGGGAGGAAUAGUGCCCCAUCGUUGGUGUCAGUGGGAGGAAUAAUCGUUGUAUCAGUGGGAGGAAUCAGUUGCCCCAUCAUUGGUAUCAGUGACACCAAU